AUGAAGAAGACGCUGGUCUUCUACCGGGGGAAGGCGCCGGCGGGGGAGAGGACUGACUGGAUUAUGCACGGGUACAGCCUCGUUAUCCCAGCCCACAUUGCUGCACAGGCCAGGAAUUGGGUGCCAUGCAGUAUUUUCCUGAAGCGCAAUGGGAACCGACAGAGUGAGGCCCCAGGGGGGGUCAUGAUGGACGGAGGCGUGGAUGCGGCCCCGCCACCGCCGGCAACGGAAGUGGCCGUGGAGCCACCGCCAUCGGCCCGGGUCCCAUCGCCGGUAUUGAACGAGUUCCUGGGGCCGAGGAGGCUCGAUCUGAAUGUGGCGGCGGCGGCGGAGUCCGUGUCGGAGUGGAGCGACAUGACCGAGGAGGCUGAGACGGAGGAUUGUGCCGACAGUGGCACCUGCAAGAGCGAUGAGGAAGACGGGUAG